CGCUUGCUUUCCUGUAUAAGAAGGUGCAGCACGACAACGUGUCGAGCUUCACGCAGCUGUCUCAGCCUCCAGCCCACAGAGAUCAUGGACUUCAAUGGAACAUGGCAGGUCUACUCCCAGGAGAACUACGAGGAGUUCCUCAGGGUCAUGGAACUUCCAGAAGAGGUCAUCAAGAUGGCCAAAGACAUCAAGCCCAUUACGGAGAUCAAGCAGAAGGGAAACGACUUUGUCGUCACCUCUAAGACACCUGGGAAGACUGUGACCAACAGCUUCACCGUCGGAAAGGAGGCCGACAUCACCACCAUGGACGGCAAGAAGCUCAAGUGCGUUGUCAAUCUGGAGGGCGGCAAACUGGUCUGCAACACCGGCAAGUUCUGCCACAUCCAGGAGCUCAAGGGAGGAGAGAUGGUUGAGACCUUGACCAUGGGCUCAACGACUCUUAUCAGGAGGAGCAAGAAGAUGUAAACGGGACAGUGAAGAAACCCUAUUUUUCUAUUUAAUAAAAAAGUGAAUUAGUAA